AUGUGUUAUAUACAAGAUCUUUUUGAAGUUAAAUCUGGCCUUAAACAAGGGGACGCGUUAUCACCUGCACUAUUCAACUUAGCUCUCGAAAAAAUAAUUAGAGACACAAACGAUGACAGAAGGAUGGAGAUAAGCAAUGAACAAGUUAUGUUAGCCUAUGCAGAUGACAUUGUGCUGAUGGGUGAAACCAAAGAGGAAAUCAUCAACUCAACAUCUAAACUCAUAAAUGCAAGUAAAGGAAUAGGAUUACAUGUAAACGAGGGGAAAACUAAGUACAUGGUCGUAUCGAGAAGACCACCAAAUAUAAAUUCCAUAAUAGUGGAUAAUUAUAAAUUUGAAAAAGUUAAUAAUUUUAAGUAUUUAGGUGUGAACAUCAACAACGGAAAUGAUAUGCAUAUAGAAAUAAAUGAACGGAUCACUAGUGGAAAUAGAUGCUAUUUCAGUAUUAUCAAACUCCUGAGGUCUAAGCUGUUGUCGAGAGGAUCAAAGAUACUACUAUAUCAUAGCUACCUUCGACCUGUGAUAACAUACGCCUGUGAAACCUGGUCGUUGACUAAAGGUGAUAGCAGAAGACUUAUCAUGUUCGAAAGGAAAGUGUUACGAAUCAUUUAUGGACCAAUCUUCAACCCAGAAACACAGACAUACGAAAGAAAAAACAACGAAAAUAUUAAGUCUCUUUAUAAUAAGCUAGACAUACUCUAUUUUAUUAGAAAAAAACGACUAGAAUGGUUCGGUCAUGCAUGGAAGGCAGAUGGACAGUUAAUUAAAAAUGUACUUAUCAAUAAAAUAAAUAAAACGAGACCCCUAGGACGACCCANAGUGUUACGAACACAGAUAUACGAAAGAAGAAGCAACGAAAAUAUAAAGUCUCUUUAUAAUAAGCCAGACAUACAUUUUAUUAGAAAAAACCGACUAGAAUCGUUCGGACAUGCAUGGAGGGCAGAUGGACAAUUAAUUAAAAAUGUACUCAUCAAUAAAAUAAAUAAAACGAGACCCCUAGGACGACCCAAAACCCGAUGGAUUGACGUAGUUGCCAAAGAUAUAGAAAUGAUAGACCAGGACGCAACUUUAGAAACAGCGUAUCAGAGAGAGAGGUGGAGAGAGAUUUUGAUGGCAGCGAUGGUCCUGAAUGGACCGCUAAGCUGA